GUAAAAGAAGCGCAUGGAGAAUGGAGAUAGAGAAAUAAAUAAAAGUACUACUUAUUACAGAGGAGAUAGGACUAGUUGCAGAUUGGACCCCACCACUCCUUGUCUAUUUUUACUUUCCUAUAAAUCAACGGCUCCGGUUGUAAUGUCACAGUGUUUGAUGCGAUAAAAUGCAUGGUAGCCGUCAGAUGGGGCGGAUGCUCAUAAAAAUGCAUCUCAACGGCUGAGAUGAAUGCGUUGACUUUAGUAGGAGUAAAUCACAAAGAGGAAGGAAGGAGAUUUUCGCUGAUAAAAAGACGAACCCCGCUCGAGCUCUGCUUCCCUCUUCCUCUCUAUCUCUCUCUCUCGAUCCUUCAAACGGCCAUUGGAGGUCUCCAAGAACCAUUUUAAGCUAUACUUCUGAUCUCGAGAUUCGUGCGAGAAGAUAACUUUCUAGGGAAUUAUUUGACUCUCUGCUUAAGGUAAAGUUUGGUUUCGAUUCUCUCUUACAAUUUCUUUUGUCUCUGUGUCCUAAUUCUGAUUCGGUUACAAGAUUUGGUGUUACACCGAUCCAUUGGUUUGACUCUCUCCUAAGGGUGACCACAAGAUCUUGAAGAAAAAAUGGAACCAGAAGAUGAUCUGUGUCAGAACAACUGGGGAGGCUCAUCUUCUUCUUCUUCUUCCAAAAGGCGCGAGCAGGUAUGCUUCACGUCUCAGCACAAGUGGGAAGAUGCUUCUAUCUUGGAUUACGAGAUGGGUAUGGAGGAAGAGCCUGCUUUCCAAGAAAACAGCAACAACAACAACGGUGGUCAAGUUAAUGUUGAUUUCCUCCAAGGCGUCAGGGCUCAAGCGUGGGACCCCAGGACGAUGCUGAGCAACUUGUCUUUUAUGGAAGAGAAGAUUCACGAGCUGCAGGAUCUUGUUCAUCUGAUGGUUGCACGAAACGGGCAGCUUCAAGGUCGUCAAGAACAGCUCGUUGCUCAGCAGCAGCAGCUCAUAACCACCGAUCUUACUUCCAUAAUCAUACAGCUGAUUUCAACUGCAGGUAGUCUUCUUCCAUCUGUUAAGCAUCAUAAUAUGUCAACAGCGCCGGGUCCAUUCACCGGUUCAGCCUUGUUCCCUUAUCCAAGGGAGGCUAAUAACCUUGCUUCGCAGACCCUAAACAACAACAACAACAACACUUGCGAGUUCGAUUUGCCUAAGCCCAUUGUUGUUGAAGAAGAACAUGAAAUGAAAGACGAAGAUGAUGUGGAGGAAGGAGAGAAUCUUCUUCCCGGUUCUUACGAGAUACUGCAGCUCGAGAAAGAGGAGAUCCUCGCUCCCCAUACUCACUUCUGCACCAUUUGCGGCAAAGGUUUCAAGAGAGACGCCAACCUGAGGAUGCACAUGAGAGGGCACGGAGAUGAGUACAAAACUCCGGCUGCUCUGGCUAAACCCAACAAAGAAGCCGUACCCGGGUCUGAGCCGAUGCUCAUCAAAAGAUACUCCUGCCCUUUCCCUGGUUGCAAACGUAACAAGGAUCACAAAAAGUUCCAGCCCUUGAAGACGAUUCUAUGCGUGAAGAACCACUAUAAACGCACCCACUGCGACAAAAGCUUCACUUGCAGCCGCUGCCAUACCAAGAAGUUCUCUGUCAUUGCCGAUCUCAAAACCCACGAGAAGCACUGCGGGAAAAACAAGUGGCUCUGUUCCUGUGGCACUACAUUUUCGAGGAAAGACAAGCUGUUUGGUCACAUUGCUCUGUUCCAAGGACACACGCCUGCCAUCCCACUUGAAGAGACCAAACCUUCUGCGCAGAAAGGGAGCUCUGCUUGCGAGAACAGCAACAACAACAACACAGGAAUGGUUGGUUUCAAUCUUGGCUCUGCAACAAAUGCUAUUGAAGAAGUCGCACAGCCUGGAUUCAUGGAUGGGAAGAUACGUUUCGAGGACUCCUUCUCGCCGCUGAGCUUUGACACAUGUAAUUUUGGAGGGUUCCAUGAGUUCCCACGACCCAUGUUUGAUGAUUCAGAGAGUUCAUUUCAAAUGCUUAUUUCAAGUGCCUGUGGUUUCUCUCCCAGGAACGGUGGUGAGUCUGUUUCAAAUACUAGUCUCUAAAUCAUCUGCAUCAUAUGAUAAGCUAUCUAAGUUGUUCUUAGCCUUUUAGCCUCUAGGCAGCUCCUUUUCUGUCUGUAAUUUGUUUUUUUCUAGAAUAAUAUCAGGAGAGCAAAAAGUGGAUUUCCUUUUCUUAUGUCAUGUAAUAAUAUAAGAAAGUUUAGAUUCUUUUUUUCCUCCCCUUACCGUUAACGGUUCACGUUGGUGGAACCAACUGUUUACAAACAA